UGGAAUUUUUCCCCUCCUAAAAGGAAUCCUAUUCACCUACAACUAAUUCAUCAUGGCAAAUACUGGCAUUGUCUACAAGGGCCUUCUCCCAAUCCCUCACCAAACCGGCCUGGAGAAGAAAGAAACGACUACAACUGUUAGAGACACACCCACCGUGAGCCAUGCUUUGGCAAUGAAGAAUCCAGAACAGAAAGGUGCUGCUCAGGUUGAGCAUGAUGAAGAGGUUGUGAAUCUGGGGUGGAACGAGCCUGAUAACGCAGUUGCGAGUCCACUUGUUGGCGGUCUCGCGAAUGACGAUCUUUGGAUACUUGUCCGACGUUUCAACAAACAAAUGUACCAUGUCAAGGAAAUUCCAAACCCACCUCCAGGCGGCCUGGACCUGAACAUCGCUGAUGAAGAGGAGUUUUCUCCAGACAAGUUAAGAAGCAACAUUGAGCGCUUGUACAUGACGAUCGGUAUUGGAUUGAUAGGUUUUGGCAAGCAGAUUGUGAGACUUCGAUCCUGGCGAGAAAUGAGGCGGACAGCUACGUUCUGCACUGCCUACUUUAUCGCCUGGAUAUUUGAUCUUCUCAUGCCGCUCUUCGCAGUCAUGGUGAUCACGCUCAUUGCAUACCAGCCAUCUCGCGCGAUCAUAUUUCCUCCUACCCCCAUUGCGCUAGUCGACGGUAAGACCGGCGGCGUCCAGAAACCAAAAGCUGGUGUGCUCGGAAGUCACAACAGCGCCACAGGAGCACCGGAGAACCACAAGGGAGAAGCCGUUGAAGCAGAAGCCAGCAACUUCGUCAACGAGAUUGCUUCUGUGGCACUAGCAAGUGCAACUGGCAAGCAUCCUCAAGGAGAACCCCCCUCUGAAGAUGGAUCCCCCGCAGACUCCUUCCCUGAUCCGACGGCCAUUGCUAUCGGUGCGGCUGAUGCAAAGAAAAAGGCCACAGGGGGAACCCCAGCGAAGGAGCACGACAAGACGAAGGUACCAAUGGAGACAGCCAUGUGGACAAAGAUGCGACCGAUAAUGCAUAGCUUGGCCGAAGUUGUUGAUACCUGGGAACGGUUUGCUAAUGCCCUUGAUCCUACAUCACCUUUCCCUAGAGAACUUUAUCGACUUCGAAUCGCGGCUCUCGUGGUACCUGUGCUGUUGGCCUCUAUCUUUGUUACCUCUUACAUGUUCAUGAAGGGUGUGACCUUUGGCGUUGGCUUUGGUUUAUUCGGCGACCCAAUAAUCUCUCGCGGCCUCGAACUUCUGAAUAAUAAAUUCCCCAACUGGCAAAAGAUCCUUGAGCUACGGAACACUGUUUUCAAAGGCGUUCCAACAAAUGCUCAACUCACUUUGACACUUCUCCGGAUCAGCGAAGCUAACAAAGCUCCUCUUCCCCCACCACCUAAUAUCCACGCUCCUCCACCCGAUGAGCCCGCCGAUAUUAGUGAACAAGAGCUUCGAGCUACAGGUGAAGAUUACCCAUUCAAUGCUACACAAGCGGAACUUGACGAGGCUAUGGCUUGCGAUCCGACUGUCGCCCACGAGACUGUAGGCGAAGGCAUCGAUGCCUCGAAGAACGUUAAGCACGGCAAGAAGGGAAGUAAAAUUCUCGGCUUCUUCAAGGGCACCGUUAAAGGUGGUGUCGAGACAGUGAUCAGUACAGAUAAACUGAAAGCUAAAGUCGGAAGCGAGCAUGCGAAGAACAGACUCGGUGUCGUGCCAAAGCGUAAUGAGGAUCUUACAUCCGGCCCUGUUGAAUUCAAAGCUCGCUUUCAUGGUAAGAAAGGUCAUGUUUACAUUACCGCCAAGGCAACUAUUCCAUGUGUUGCUUUCUCAACGGAUAACACCGUCGAGAAGAUGGGUUCUCUGGAAAGAGAAGAUCUGCACCCUAUUUGGACCAUCCCAGUUGGCGAUAUCAUUGAGAUGAGAAAGGUCGGCGGAUAUGGUUGGAGGGCGAAAUUGGUAGUUGGAUGGGCGAUGGGUAGGGAGGUCGCUGAUGGUUUGGAGAUUGUGCAAAGAAGCGGCGCAAAGACCAAGGUCACUGCCAUGCCGCUGAGAGAUGAGUUGUUUAACCGACUGAUUGCGAUGGGUGAUCAGAAGUGGGAGUGCUGGUAGUUAGAUAUUUGAUUCAGAAUUCGUGGCACAGAACGG